UAUGACUCCUUUGGGUGAUCAGCAGACUGUUGGACAAAGUCUAAGGCUGCUGACCAAGGUCCCUCUGAUGUCAGUAGUAGAAAGCCCUGUUUAUGCUGGGAGGAGGGGGAAGAUUGUCACCAACUGCAUUUUGCUUAUUCAGCUUGAGAAGUUAAGUUAAGCAGACGCGCAGAGGACUCCUCCCUUUUUUAGACAGCCUCCCGGGGGCUAAGCGUGAUCAGAGGGCCACGGAGCUCGCCUGCCUGUCCGUGCAGCAUGGCGGCCUCCACAGCCCCGGCGUGCACCUUCCGUACAACAUGGCCGCCCGAGAGCUACCUUCCGCCCAAGCACCGGAAGUUCCCAUUUGAAACCGUGGCGGCGAAGUGGACUGACUGGGUGGCAGUUACUACCCGCAGCCCUUUGAAACCAAGCGACCGAGGACCUCAGUCAGGAGCUGCGGAGCCCUGGGAUAGAGCCGAGCGCCCUGGCCCUGAUGGCCGGAGCGGUGAAGACGGCUUGCAGCCUGCAGCCCCAGGCGGCGCCGGCAGGCCUGCCCGCAGACAUGAAAACUCGAGCAACUUCUAAGAGCCUACUACCUGUUAAAUCCAGAGAAGUUGAUGCUCCCAAAUUUCUUCAUCCAGAAUGUUCAGAGAGUCAUGUCACAAAAAUCACCAAAGCAAGACGAGAGAAUGGGCAACUGAAGGCUGCAGACCCCACCAUCAGAAAGAACAUCAAAAAAAGCUACAAACCCAUGAAUAAGCAGAAGUCAGAGGAGGAACUCAAGGAUAAGAACCAGCUCUUAGAGGCAGUCAACAAGCAGCUGCACCAGAAGCUGACUGAGAUUCAGGGAGAACUCAAGGAUCUGACACAGAGGGUGGAGCUGCUGGAGAAGUUCCAGGACAACUGUCGGGCCAUUCUGGAGACCAAGGACCUCAGCCCAGUUUUAGGCUGUGUGAGCCUGGUGACCCAGCAGGAACCCACCACAGAUUACAUGGAUUCUAUGUUGCUGUUAGAAACUUUGCAAGAUGAGCUGAAACUUUUUAAUGAAACAGCCAAAAAGCAGAUGGGAGAGUUACAGGCCUUCAAAGUGAAGUUGAAGAUGAAAGAAGAGGAGAGGGCUCGGUUACUGGAGCAGCAAGCUACCUAUAAUAGCCAAGUCAAUGACUUUACAGCAGUCCUUGAAGAAAUGGAGCAGCUAUUGGAAAUGUGAUACAAAUUGGGUGACCAAGUAACUUCUCUUUGGAGACCAGCUCUUUGAGGCAGCCCAUUCAGAUAUCUGCUUUUCAGCAGUGAGCUUCUAGGACUCACCAAAUCUGUAAUACAAAGUUCCUGUAGUAAGCACAGCUUAUGUUGGAGUGACAGGCCCCCCCCCCAUAUAUAUACACAUACACAAACAUGUCCUUUCCUUAUCAAGUAUCCCCAACCUCCUGGCUAGCCAGCAUUUCCAACCUUCAUUCAGUCAUGAUCUUUGUUCCUCACAGAGAGUGACCCAAAAGUUUGGGUCAUCCUCUUCAACAAAAACCUGGCACCAUUAAAAUUGGACUAAACCAGUGACUACCAGAGACUCCAGGAUUCCUUUCAAAUAUGCAGAAAGCAAGCUUUCAUUGUACAGGGCUCCAUAGGAGAGAUUACUAAGGAAUCAAGCUUACUUGGGGUAGGAUCUGCCCCAUACUGGCUGGGCUUAAGGAACUUAUUUGGAGUCCCAUGUACUCAUCUCUAACUUGUAUGAUGAGACUUCUGGGCAAAAAGGAAGCAGCCAGAUUGAGCGAUAGAAGAUCUCCCACUCGCUGACUUCUUGACUCUGAGCCACACAAGCAGUCCCUCUCUGCUGGGCAUUAGGAAAAGACCCCACACUGCAACAUUGUUUGAAGGCACCUGUCAACUAGUCCUAAUUUUUUCAAAUCAAUGAGCUAAGCUUACAUCAUUUCAGAAUUCUCUGAGAGGGACAGUCAAGGGGGUCUUUUAGGACUGCCUCUUGGUUGUGCACCUGACUCACGAUCCUGAUUCUCAAAUAAACAACUUUCUUCAUUAGAUUAUAGUCUGAUUAUUUCCAAAUUGGUAGGUUCUGUACCUCAUUGUAAAUAUGUUAAAGUUAUUUGAAAGACUUAAUAAACAGUAUGAAGGGCUGAA